UUGGCCAGUCUGGGUCAGCUGUCCUGGCCAUGCUCCCCCCUGGUUUCUGGUGCACUUGCUCCCUGCCAGAGCAGGGGAGCUCAAAAGUCCUUGAUUGAGAGCAAGAACUGCUUAGCAACAGCUAAACAUCAGUGUGUUAUCGGCAUUAGUCUCAUCCUAAAUCCAAGACACAACACUGUGCCAGCUACAAAGAAGAAAAUUUAACUCUAUCCCAGUUGAAAUCAGGCCAGAUCUCCAGAGCUGGUUGCAGUACAUCAGGGCCAGUCUCUGGUUGCUGCACCCUGGGGAGCUGCUCAUGCCCUGCUCAAACAGGGCUGGAGGAGACAGCAAAGAAAGGCCCUAUACCUAUUCCUGCUCUUGGUUUCAUUGCAGUAAUGCUGCCUUUCGGCACUCGUCGAGCGUGGGUCUUCAUGGUCCUGCUCCUGCUUGGUAGCAUCCACUCACUUCUUGCAGCACUGAUUCAGCCUGGUUCAGAACAGAGUGCAGAGGCACCCAGCAAACCUAACAUGACAAUGGAAGGUGUAUUUGUAUCUUUUGUAAGCUUCUUCAGACCAAUGACUUGCCGCCUCAGCAAUGAGCGACUCUUAACUCCUUGUCCUGUAGAAGGCCUGAACAUGUCUGAAUGCUCAAAAAUUCACUGCUGUCCUUUCAAAAUUGGCCAGGAGGAGCAGUGCUACAUGCCAGUGAGAGAUGAUGUGCAGCUGGCAAUUCGAGUGGUUUUGCUUACUGGAGGAGGAUUUUUGAUUUUGGGAUUUCUACCAAUCUGCUGCUGUGCCUUUUUGCAGAGAAGUCCGUGUAUCAAUCCUUUACAAAAGAUAAGCAAAGAAGUACAGAAAAUUGCACGGGAAAAAAGAGCUGGUGGUAAACAGACUCAUGAUGAAGAGAUUCAUCGCCACUUACUGGACUGACUUAAGGAACCAAAAGGACAAAAAAAGACGGAACAUCCACCUGAUCCUGAAGAUCAAGCAGAAGACACCAGGAUUGUUUGGCUGUCUCCUAGAAAAGGACACAUUUUAUUUUAGCACUGAAGUAAUACAAAGUUGUUAACCCUUGAUAAUA